CAGGCACCCUAUCCACUAUUGCUAGGAGUCUUAGCUGGUUUCAUCCUAUGGAUUCCUGGGAGAUUACUUGGCAUGAGAUUUCUCCCUAAUCCCAAAAUGCCCUCCUCCCCCAUCAAGGAUACAGUGACUUAUGAGGAUGUGCAAGUGAACUUCACCCAUGAAGAGUGGGCUUUGCUGGAUCCUUCUCAGAAGAAUCUCUACAGAGAUGUGAUGCUGGAAAUCUGUGAUAAUCUCACUGCUAUAGGUAUAUCAUCUGUCACUCUGGAUAUAAGCCAUGUGAGCAUAAGGGAUCUGGAAAGAGUAAUCAGUGUGGUAAAGCAUUUGCAUGGAAAAGUCUUCUUCACAGACAUGAAAGAAGCCAUACUGGAGAGAAACCCUAUGAAUGUAAUCAAUGUGGAAAAGCCUUUGCAAGUAAAAGUCAUCUUCACAGUCAUGAAAGAAUUCAUAGUGGAGAGAAACCCUAUGAAUGUAAUCAAUGUGGUAAAGCAUUUGCAUGGAAAAGUCUUCUUCACAGACAUGAAAGAAUUCAUACUGGAGAGAAACCUUAUGAAUGUAAUCACUGUGAUAAAGCAUUUACAUAUAAAACUGAUCUUCACAGUCAUGAAAGAAUUCAUAAUGGAGAGAAACCCUAUGAAUGUAAUCAAUGUGGUAAAACAUUUCCACAUAAAAGUCAUCUUUACUAUCACGAAAGAAAUCAUACUGGAGAGAAACCCUAUGAAUGUAAUCAAUGUGGUAAGGCAUUUGCAUGGAAAAGUGAUCUUCACAGUCAUGAAAGAAUUCAUACUGGAGAGAAACCUUAUGAAUGUAAUCAAUGUGGUAAAGCCUUUACACGUAAAAGUCAUCUUCACAGUCAUGAAAGAAUUCAUGUUGGAAAGAAACCUUAUGAAUGUAAUCAAUGUGGUAAAACAUUUGCAUGGAAAAGUUCUUUUCACAGGCAUGAAAGAAUUCAUUUUGGAGAGAAAGCCUAUGAAUGUAAUCAAUGUGGUAAAACCUUUACACAUAAAAGUGAUCUUCACAGUCAUGAAAGAAGUCAUAAUGGAGAGAAACCAUAUGAAUGCAAUCAAUCAACGUGGUACAAUAUUUACAUGGAAAAGUCAUCUUCACAGCCAUGAAAGAAAUCAUAUUGGAGAGAAACCCUAUGGAUGUAAUCAAUGUGGUAGAGAUUUGCAUGGAAAGGACAUCUUUGCAAUCAUAAAAGUAUCAUGCUGGAGACAAAGUCUGUGAAUGGAAUUAAUGUUGGAGAGCAUUCGCUUAUAACAGUCAUCUUCACACGUAAUGAAAGAAUUUAUAGUAGAACCCUAUCAAUGCAUUCAAUGUGGUAAAGCCUUUACGUAAUUUCCCAGUGUUUUUAAAAAACAUGAAAGAAAUCAUACUGGAGAGAUUGUCUAUUAAUGUAGUAGAGCAUUUAUAUAUAAAGUCAUCUUCAUAGGCAUGAAAAAAAUACAUCCUAGCGAAAAAAUCCUUUGAUCCUUAUAAAUCAGGUAAAGCUUUGAACACCAGGCACAGAAUACAUCAUUUUGGAGAUGCCAGUACCAUGUGGUGUCCACCAAGACCAUCAGCAGUGGUAAAGUGGAACCAGUAAGAGCCUAGAAAUUAUGUGUACCCAAGUCCUUUGGAGAAUCCCUGAAGAUUCUGUGUGGAUCUUAAUCACUAGAGGUUGAGUUAUUUUAUACAGUCAGACUUCAUUUUUUGCUUUUUUCAGGUUUUGACUGCCUUGCUUCUUCCUCUUGUACAGAGACAGUAUUUAAUUUAAUUUUGAUUUUUCCGUGAGCCAUAUUUGAAAGGCUUUGAAUUUUUAAAAGAGAUUUUAGAUUUUUAGUAAGGUUGCAUAUUUUUAAAGAGAAACUUUAAUGUGUAUGAAUUUGUGAAGAUUGUUGGACUUUUAUUAAAGCUGUUUAUGUUUUAAUGCAGUAUCUUGUGAAUGAAAAAAGAAAGGUUGGGGCUUAAUAAGGCCAUGUUUGUGUGUCAAAUUGAAAAGUGGUCAAUUGCACUGGCUAGUCCUAUGUCAACUUCACAACAAGCUAGUUAUGAAAGAAAGGAAACUCAGUUGAGAAAACUCCAUAAGAUCUGGCUCUAAGGCAUUUUCUUAAUUAAUGAUUGAUGGGGAGGUGUCCUAUGUUCGAUAAAAAAGCAGGCUGAGCAAGCCAUAGGGGAUAAUACAGUUAAGAAGCUACACUGCAUGGCCUCUGCAACAGCACCAAGUUCCUGCCCCAUUUAAUUUUCUGUCCUGACCUCCUUCAGUGAUAUAUAACAAUAUAGAAGUUUAGGCCAACUAAACCUUUUCCUCCCCAUUAUGCUUUUUGGUCAUGGUGUUUCAUUGCCAAAAUUCUAACUAAGACAUCUUGUCUCAAAAAUCCAAAAUAAGGAUUGUGGACAGAUGGCCCAGCAAUUAAACACACUGGCUGUUGUUCCAGAGGACACAAUUUCAAUUCCCAGUACCAAUAGGGAAGUUCAAAACUGUCCGUAUGUCCUCUUCCAGGGUCCUAUUCCAGGGAACACAAUACCCUCAAACAGACUUAGAUCCAAACAAAACACCUAUAAAUAUAAAGUAAAAGUAAAUUAUGUUUAAAAGAAUAUAUCAUGUUAUGGAACUUUCCCUAGCACAGCCUGGACUCAUCUCUACACAACAAAAUCUUUUGUUGUCUUCAUUUACAUUAAGAGAACUGUGUUUACAAUUACAAUAAGAAGCAAUGGUCAGAGUCUAUUCACAGACGGAUAGAAAGCAUUCAAUCUUUCAGUGAUCAUAUAGGAAAUUUCAUCACCUCCCAGUGAUAGAAGACAGAAACAAUAAUGGCACAACUUCAUCUACAAUAUUGGCAUGUUGAGAAUUUGACUCAGUUGUAAAGCUUCUGUUAGGUACCCAAUCCACAUGAGAUGGCUCAGAACUGCUAAUAAAGCCGUGUCCUGGAGAUAGGAUAAAUUCUUCUGGCUUCCUAGGGCACCAUGUAUGUAAAUGGUACAAAGACAAUUAUGUUUUUGUGUGAGUGUGUGUGUGACUCCAUAUUUUUAAAAGAACUUUCUUCAUGUAUAUGUUACAUUCUUUUUCUAAAAUAAAAUUAAUUAUAUUUAUUAUCAGACAUGGUCUUGGAAAGGAGUCAUUUGAAGAGAAUUCUGAAUACUUAUGUUAACACUCCAAGAAAAUGAAACAAAAGUCUUGUGACCUCAGUUUCUUCAAAUCCAAAAAUUGUUCUUGAAAUGUGUUUUUGUGCAGAUCAAUGUGAUUUGUCUCUUGGUUGCUCAUUAUUGCUUGGUGGUGUUGCUCAAUUAAAUGUUUGACCUAUCCUUUAUAUGCCUGAAUGGAAAAGCAUGUUCUUGUCCCAUGUGGCUUGCUCUGUCAUUGUAUACAACUUUAACUCAUGAGAACUUCACUCAUGUAACCUUUCUUAACCUGCAGAGUAUAAAUUGUCUCAGGCAAUGAAUAAAGUUGGCUCUUGUAUGAGAUUUUAA